UACACUUUUUUAAUGAGAUCACCAAAAUUCCCAAAAAAACAUGAUGACAAAUAAAAAGGGCCCAAAGAAGUUGCUAUGAAAGUUACUGAAAACCACCUCUUCUUUUCUUCUUCUCCCUAGAAUCUAACCUCUUCUUCCAAUGAAACCAAAUAAAAGAAUCUCUUUUUGAAUAUGCUCCAAAAUUAUCAUCACACUCAACAACACUACCAACAAUUUCAAAGGAACAAGAAUAACACAAACACAAUACCCUUUUUCCCGCUUCCAAAUCCAACGAAUGAAAAGGUCAAGGAUGUUGCUCCAGGGAUUUCAAAGUAUAUGAUGUGUGUUUCAAAAUGCAUAUGUUUGUAGAUUUGUGAUCCUCUUGCUUUCAUUUUGUUCACUUAGUUCUGCAAACCAUUGUCGUCAUUGAUACAUUAACUGCUAUUGGCGGUUACAGAGAGAAAGAAAAUGAGUACACCUAAUACGUUGGGCAUUGUUUUAAAUGAUAUACUUCGGACGGUCACACCCUCACAAGAAGAUUGGGAGAUACGGGUUGCAAUUAUUAAUGAUUUGCGAAGCACUGCUGAAUCUGUGGAAAGCCUGAGAGGAGCAAUUGUUGAACCAUUUGGGUCAUUUGUGUCUAAUCUCUUCACGCGAUGGGGUGACUUGGAUAUUUCAAUUGAGUUAUUAAAUGGUUCCCACAUUGGAUCUGCUGGGAGAAAACAAAAACAAACAUUGCUGGUAAAUUUUCUACAAGCUUUGAGAAUGAGAGGUGGAUGCAUGAACUUUCAGCUCAUCCCAAAUGCAAGAGUUCCAAUUUUAAAAUUUAAAAGUGUCCGAAAAGGCAUAUCUUGUGAUGUUUCGAUCAAUAAUCUGCCGGGCCUAAUGAAAUCUAAAUUUUUGCUUUGGAUCAACAAGAUAGAUGGCCGCUUUCAUGAUCUGGUUUUAGUGGUUAAGCAAUGGGCCAAAGCACAUAAAAUCAAUAACUCUAAGACUGGAAGUUUCAACUCCUUUACGCUCAGUUUACUUGUAAUCUUUCACUUUCAGACAUGUGUUCCGGCAAUUUUACCACCACUGAAAGAUAUAUACCCUACCAAUAUGGUUGAUGAGCUGAGAGGUGUUAGAGCUGAUGCAGAGAAUCUUAUCGCACAAACCUGUGAGGCUAACAUAAACAGGUUCAUAAAGAAGUCGAGGUCAAUUAACAGAAAAUCUUUACCUGAACUUUUUAUUGAUUUCCUAAAAAAGUUUGCUCAGAUAGAUUCAUGGGCCUCAGAGAUCGGAAUUUGCACUUAUACUGGACAAUGGGAACAGAUAAAAGACAACAUGAGAUGGUUGCCCAAGACUUGCCCAGUAUUGGUUGAGGAUCCUUUUGAGCAGCCGGAAAAUUCAGCAAGGUCUGUCAGCUCAGGACAACUGAAAAAGAUAGCUGAAGCAUUUCUAAAGACAUACAGCUUACUCAUGUCACAAAAUCAGAACCAAAGUUCUCUUCUGACUCAAUUAGCACCACCACAUGUGUCGAGACUUAUUGUCGGACCUGUCAUUCCAAAUUAUAAUGUUAGGCCUGCUAUUCCAAAUCACAUUGGUGGUUACUCUCUUCCAACUCAGCCACAGCCACAGUUGCACAGGGGGGUACCCCCCCACCCAAGGUCACGGCAUCGUUUUCAAAAUGGCAAGCAAGGUGAAAGCUCCAACGGUUCAACUUCAAAGCAAGGAGCAUACUCCAAUGGUUCAACUUCAAAGCAAGGAGCAUACUCCAAUGGUUCAACUUCAAAGCAUGGAGCAAGCUCCAAUGGCUCAACCUCAAAGCAAGAAGCAAGCUUCAAUGGUUCAACUCCAACGGUACCUGUGAAAGCUCGUCAAGGUCCGCAGCAGCAGGCGUGGAGGCCAAAGUUCCAAUUCCAAUAGUAUACCGAAAAUACAGAAGGGAAUAUAUGUUCAUCUAGUCAACAGGUUAUGAGUAACUUGUAUUUUUGUUUACUUCUUGUUAAAAGAAGUAAUUAAUAUCACUGGGUUUCUUGGGUUAUAAGUAAAUUGGCGUGAUUUUUUUAUUUGCUCUUGAGGACUAAACAACGAUGAUUACCCGAUUAGGUUAUUGCUUGACAUUUUUUGUGGGGAUUAUAUUGCAAUUACUCGAUUAUACAAUUCUGAACUUGUGCUAUUA